GAGAGAUUACCUUCCUGGAACUUUGGGCCUACAGUCAUCACCCCACAAGGUUCUGAAGAAGACAGGUCUUCUUUGUCAGUUGAAAUGUCUAUGAUUUUAUCUGCCUCAGUCAUUCGUGUCAGAGAUGGACUGCCACUUUCUGCUUCUACUGACUAUGAACAAGGCACAGGCAUGCAGGAGUGCAGAAAGUAUUUUAAAAUGCUCUCGAGAAAACUGGCUCAGCUUCCUGAUAGAUGUACACUGAAAACUGGACAUUAUAACAUUAAUUUUAUUAGCUCUAUGGGAGUGAGCUACAUGAUGUUGUGCACUGAAAAUUACCCAAAUGUUCUGGCCUUCUCUUUCCUGGAUGAGCUUCAGAAGGAGUUCAUUACUACUUAUAACAUGAUGAAGACAAAUACUGCUGUCAGACCAUACUGUUUCAUUGAAUUUGAUAACUUCAUUCAGAGGACCAAGCAGCGAUAUAAUAAUCCCAGGUCUCUUUCAACAAAGAUAAAUCUGUCUGACAUGCAGAUGGAAAUCAAGCUGAGGCCCCCUUAUCAAAUUUCCAUGGGUGAACUGGGGUCAGCCAAUGGAGUCACAUCUGCAUUUUCUGUUGACUAUAAAGGUGCUGGUAAGAUUUCUUCUGCUCACCAGCGACUGGAACCAGCAACUCUGUCAGGGAUUGUGGCAUUUAUCCUUAGUCUUUUAUGCGCAGCUCUGAAUUUAAUUCGAGGCUUUCAUGCCAUAGAAAGUCUCCUGCAGAGUGAUGGUGAGGAUUUUAAUUACAUUGUUGCAUUUUUCCUUGGAACAGCAGCCUGCCUUUACCAGUGUUAUUUAUUUGUCUACUAUACCAGCUGGCGGAAUGUCAAAUCUUUUUUGACUUUUGGCUUAAUCUGUCUAUGCAACAUGUAUCUCUAUGAACUGCGCAACCUCUGGCAGCUUUUCUUUCACGUGACUGUGGGAGCAUUUGUUACAUUCCAGAUCUGGCUGAGACAAGCCCAGGGCAAGUCUCCUGAUUACAAUGUCUGACACCAUCCUUCAGACGUGUUGCCUUGGCUUCAGGGGAAAAAGGAGGGAGCAUAUCUUAACUACCACUGUGAUGAAGAAACUGUUCACCACAAAUGAGAAGCUCUGCUGUCUUUCUCUCCAGCUGUCCUUUUCGUUUUAAGUCAGCAUGGCAUGCCUAUGAGCAUGCCAUACCUGCUACGCAGACUCCUCUCAGCAGAAUGUUAGCCAUGAGAUUAUCAAUCAGAAGAAGAUGAGGAGACCUCUCUGCAGGGCCAUGGCAGUGGAAGAACAGUCAGAUGCCAUUGGAAGACUUGGCCAGCAGCCCUGAAUCCUGGCUGGAGAGUUCAGUCAAAAAUUAUGUGUGGUACUUGCUCUGAGAACUAAGCAGGAGCUUUACAACCCAGGUUUGCCUUUGUGAGGCAUUAGUGUAGACCAAAUAAAAAGAUGCUGCAGUGAAUUGGAAAGUUUAUGUGUAAAACAAAUUAUUUGCUAAAUAUUAGAUUUUGCACAUUUAUGGUACCAUGAGUUUGUGAAGUCCAGAUUGGUGUGGAAUGGGUUCUUUUUCCUUUUAUAUUUUUGCUUGAAUCUUAACUCUGGAAAUCACCUGAUGUAGGAGAAGGCUCUGGUGAGCUUAUCCCUGGAGCAUCACAAGUAUUGAAAACACAGUGACACAUGUUUCUUUCCUAGGCCAUGUUUAUACUUUCUUUUGAAAUCACUUUUUAAAAAUAUUUGUUAGGCUAUAGCCAUUGUUUGCCAAACUUCAAUCACUUGAGUAUUACAUAUGCUAUAUUUACUUAAUAUUUAUCUUUUAAAUUUUAAAAUAUUUAAAAAAGAAACUAACCUCUAUUCCAAGUAGAAAACCAGCAUCAGUUUGCCAUAAAAAACAGAUAACUACAAAAUAAAUAAAAAUAAAACAAAGAUGUUGUUA